UUUGAGCUCAUCGCUCUUCGUUCGGGAUCAGGAUCAUCCUUCGACCUCCAGGAGCCUCCAUCAGGACAGGACAACUCCAUUCCGCUCUCAUUGCCUUAAUGUCGUUUCUUAGUCGGUUUUCCCGAACCCAGCUCAUCAUCGGCGGUCUCCUGACCUACGCGACCGGUGUCUCGGCCGCGCUCACCUUCUUCCCUUCCGGAGCCAAGACGGACCCGAAUGCCAAGGACACUGAUAUGCUCCCCUCGGAAUCAGUCCGUCGAAGCAUCUUUGACACACUCGCCCCCGGAUACGAUAAGGAAGUUGGUCUGCACGAGUAUUUACUCGGGAUCCAACGUCGACGGAAACGUCUUCUCCAACAGGCGACGGGACGGGUUCUUGAGAUCGCGUCGGGGACGGGCCGGAAUGUGGAUUAUUAUCCGAAAGGAUGCUGUGGAGAAAUCGUGUUCUCUGAUUUUUCGGAGGGGAUGAUGGAGGUGUUGAAGAGGAAGGUCGAGGAGAGUGAGUUGGGGAGACGAUGGGAUUAUCAGCGGAGGAGGGGGAAACAGCUGGAGGGGGAGCGGAGGGCGCAGUUGAGGCACCAGCAGCAGGCAGGAGACAUGGCGACAGCAACAACAACAACAGCCACGACAGCAGCAGCACAGCCGACACAGGUGGUCGAGACAGAGCUUCGCUUCCAAACAAUGAAUGCAGCUGCGAUCCCAUACCCAGAUCAGAGUUUCGAUACCGUGGUCGACACAUUCGGAUUAUGUAGUUUCGAGGAUCCCGUUCAGGUGCUGAAGGAAAUGAAGCGGGUAUUGCGGCCUGGCGGGAAACUAUUGUUGUUGGAGCACGGGAAUAGUAGCUGGGGGUUUAUGAAGGAUAUGCAGGCGAAGCAAUUGGACCGACAUGUGCAUAAGUAUGGGUGCUAUUGGAACAGGGAGAUUGAGGAGAUUGUGCAGGAGGCCGGGUUGGAGGUUGUGGAGGAGGAGAGGUCGCAGUUGGGCACGGUUUAUUUUAUUGUUGCAAGGUAGAACGAAUGUAAUAAUAAAAUGCACGGUCGUCAGUUGGUAUGCCAUAGUGCAAUGGGUUCCAGCACCAACCUGGAUAUCCCCUCAGCCCCCAACUCCAGAGGGUAACGAACCUUCAACCUUCGCGAGUCUCGCGCUUGGGCUCUUUUUCAGCAGGCGAAACGGGUGACUGUGUGAAAGCCACCGG